AUGAUGGAUAUGUCCGUCUACCUCUUCUGGUUUCUAAUCUUUCUUAUUACAUGUUUACUCUUCAUCAUUGUGCUUCUCAUUCAGAAUCACGUUGAUGAAAAAAGUCUCAUUGCUACACCUUCCAUCAAAAAGGACGAUGCCAUUUUUACAACCUAUGCAAGUGUCAAGAUCAAUGCAUCUGCAGACGAUGUUUUCCGUGUAAUAACCUCUUCCAAAAAAUACGGAAGUGGUUAUUCCCAAUAUCAAUUCGAGCAUGAUCAGGAAAAAUUGCCAGUCGUGGGCGCCAAGGGGAUAUAUUCCUUUCGGGUCGAAGAUAUACGGGAUCGCUGUGUACCUGUCACAUUAACCAUGCUGGAUCCAGUGCACAGAAAGAUGGUCGCGAAGACUACUCAAUACCCCAAUUGGCUUUUGGGCUCAGAAAGAGUCCAGGAAGUGGUGGCGGUGAAAGGCAAGGCGAAUGUUUGUGAGUAUAGGACUUGGUUGACCGUGCAGGGAAUUGCGGCAUAUUAUCCUUUGUUGACAGCAAAAGAAGAGAUGGAGGACGUUGUCAGAGAUGCGGCCACAGAAUUAAAAUUGUUUAUUGAGUCGCGGAAUCGCAAAGCUUAA